AUUAGAGAGAGUUAUAUCUGACUAAAUUCGUAAACCCGUUCACUAUACAUCUUAUCCAUCUCCAAUUCACACUUUUCACUUGAUUUCACUUACUCGUUACGCCUGACUUUUUUUACAACCACAAAUGCCUGUGGAUGGCCCAAAUUUCUAAAUUUCUAAAUCUACAUUUUUUUGUAUGUUAUAAAAGGAAAUCAACUAUAACGGCAUAUCAGCACGUUUUCAUGAGACAUUUUUUUACAAAUACACAAUUACAACAAACACAAAGGGAAUUAUAUGCUCGCUCAAGAUCAAGAUUAUUUGUUUUUCGAUAUGAUAUAGUAUACAUAUAUACAGCCAAGAUAUACCAUAAGCGAAGAUAGCAAGAGAUUUCUUCUUAAUUUGAACAAUGAUAACUGGCGAAAAACUACCAAAGGUUAUUGCAGUAUGGAACCCAGUUGUAAAAAUGGUAUAUCUAAAUUAUUUUAAAACUGUUAAAUGAAUUCAAUUCAUAAGGUUGUUUUUGACACAUAACCUCAAAAAUAAUUUUUGUGUUUUAACAAAUCAAAUGCCACGAAAUCAAUACAAUAUUUUAUAAACAUGUAAUUAAUUUUUUAGCAUUAAAUUAUCUUAACGGUUUCAUUUGCUUUUCAUGAACUUAGUUAAUUAACUUAAUUAUUAAAAUUAACUAAUUAUUUGAUUCAACGCACAAAUUGACGCAUGUCUUUAUUGCUAAAUUACUUUGACUACUGAUUAAUGCUUUAUAAUUAUAGAGAGCAAAUUACCAAAUAAUUAAUUAAUCUAUAUGUCUCUAUGAAAGCAAUUUAAAUCCUGUUUAAAAUAUUUCUAUGUGUAAAACAAGUCUUUGAAAAUAACUACUCAAAUACCAACCAGAGCUGUACCAAAAUAAAGUGGUUUGGGAACAGUUACUACUUAUGAUUUAUACCAAUACAUAUGUAUCUAACACCCAUAAACAUAAAAAAAUGUUGAUAUAAAUCUUAGCGAUUUGCGAAACUUUAUAAAAAGCGUAGAGACAGCAGUUCUCAAAGAAUAGUCGCGCUGUGUUUAUCUGCGGAAGAUAUCGCCAACUAAAUUCGUCAAAAACAUGCAAAUGAAACGCGAAGUACUGCAAGCGCUUUUCAUCCUUUCAGCAAGUGUUUGGUAUGUGAGCGGUCAAGGCUGUAAUGUUUGUCAGCGCAAUAGUGCAGCGUGUAUUAAUGAAACAUCAUUUUAUCUGUGUUAUGGAGGUAGUGUUCCCAUAAAGGAUCAGAUAUUCCAUUGCUCCGAUGGACUUAUCUGCUCGGAUAUGCCAAAUAUCUGCUUCCAGAGCAAUGGUGCCCCCGUCAGCUGUGGUGACACGUCUAGUUGUGGCUUGUGUAAUGAAAAUCAAGUAUUCGCCUGCACGAGCCGCAAUACCUUUGCAUUUUGUUUUGGCGCAACAAAGCCCAGUGAUGUGACUGGUCGUUGUCCGACAGGGCGAUUGUGUGAUGCAUCAACACAGAAUAUAUGCGUUACAGAAGUGAAGAGCACGUCUAUUAUAUGCAACUUGGAUAAUCCGGUAGCAACCGAUGAAACAACGUUUUAAGGCUAUUAUUCGGUCAAAGAACAAAUUCGUACAAACUAAUUAUUACUAUGAAAACAAUAUCCUUGUUAGAAAUUUAAAAUAAAAACUAAAUAAAAUUGUUGUUUUUUAUAUAUAAAUUGUUUAGUCAACAAUUAAAUAUCCUCUUCAUCAUCCAUAGAAUUCGUUGUGUCCGCAAGCCAUACUCUUACUUCACCCAAGGCGGGUAAGCGGAAACGCCACUCAUCGUUUAUAUAUUUAUAUACGUCAUCACCAAGUUGCAAUAAGUCCAUAGCCACCCGUUUCUCGUCGGGUUUCCAAUUGCGUUCCGCGCUACCGAACAUUUCCAUGCGUAAUAAUGCCAGCAUAGAAGAUGAUAUAUACUUUUUAAUACCGUUAAAUAGUUGUGCUUUUGACGGAGUAUUGAGCAUAUUACUGGCUCCCGCUGCAGCGUGCCGUCGACUGGCAAUGGCAAUCUCUUUGCUAACCGACGAUGAUGAUGCCUGACUAGUUGUAACAUCUUCCUUUUGUUUAAAUUGCUUUUGUUUCUCGUAUUCCACACAUUUUUCACUUAAUAGAGUUUUCUCUUGUUGCAAGCGUUGGUUUUCUUUUGAAGUAUUUUUAUUAA